GACAGAAACAUACGAGCGUAUUACAUGCGAAACUUCCGUAGUAAGUGUGUGUCCUUGCUAAAGCAGAAAUGGGCUACUGGGACGUUCCAGAGGGCACAGGCUGCGUUGAAAAAACAUGGAUAACCACCAAACUGGGCACAGCUCUGGGCCUGGUGGGUUCAGCCUAUCACAUAGUGGCAUUCCAGCCUGAUUCUGCGUUGGCAGCAGUGCAGAGGGCGACCAGCACGACUGUCACCUUGGCCACCAUGGGGGCUGUUUUUGGUAUGGCGACCUGUCUCACUGCUCAGGCCCGUGAAGCUCCAGAUGACCCACUUAAUUACUUCAUUGGGGGCUGCACCUCUGGAAUCUUCCUGGGAGCCAGAACCCACAGUGCUAUAACGGGUACGUCAGCUUGUCUUGGUCUGGGAACACUGGCCUUCUUCACAAAAGUCAGCAAGGUGGAGGGAUGGAGGCUUGUUGGACCACCCAAACUGUGAGGAUCAAGAUCACUGUAAAAUAACGUAUAUGCUGUAAAAAGAGUUCAUGAAAUAAAGUUAUUAUGAAAACGAUAAAA